AUGGAUGGCAAUGACUCGUCGGCAACCCAGAAAUCCGAGCAGGCCUCGCCCUCGCCGGCCCCACCGUCCGGAUCAUCUACGACCGAUUCAGGUAGCGCUGCCGCAGACCAGAUCCAGCAGGUCGUGAACGCGACCGCUGUCGCCGCCGACAACGCGCCCUCGUCGUCCGAUCCGGUGCUCCAAGCCGAUUCACUCAACUCAGCCAACUCAUCGUCGUCUUCCUCUUCCUCUUCAACUCCAAUACCCGACAGCAGCAGCGGCAGCACAGCGCAGGACGGACACCCUGUGUCGCAACCGUCCGCUACAGAAGAUCAGAAGCAGGCUACCGGUGCUGGCACCGCGGUGGGAAACACAAAAUCAACGACCGGCAUAAAGAAGACUUUUAAGCCUCAGUCUUUAAAUGGCAUCUUUCGCCAGCUGCAGGCAACAAAUCCGCCUACCCCCGCCAAAGGUGCAGACAGAACGGCCCAAUUCACCUCCCAGCAAAAUGCCCAAGCUAGUCUCAACGCAGCAAAACUGCGCAUGGCAACCCCAAAACUCACAAGCACGACCACCGGCGCAUACACCCUAGCUCCACUCAGACGAGAUCUCUCGAUAUCACCCAGACCAGACAGCGCCGGCCUUCGUCCUGGAUCUGCUGCGGGAUCAAAGUCUAGUUCCUCGACUCCAGUAUGGAACAAGAGUCAAGGUCAGGGACAAGGCCAAAGUCAAGGUCAAGGCUCUAGUCAAGCAACCGCCCCCGCAAAAUCAAGAAAGGACCUGACAGAAGAAGAACUAAAGAAAAUGGGAAUCCAUCUCACUGGCAGUAUCGCAGUCGAUCACAAGGACUCAAAGUGGGAUGAUCUCGACGACGAUGACGACGACGACUGGGGCGACACGAUCGAAUUCGGCGACGGCACAAAAGUCGUUCUCAGCCACGACAGCCGGAACGAAGAACAAGCAGCUUCCGACUCGAAGAAUGAACAAUCCUCGCAACCUGAAGCCGACCAAAUUGCAGCCAGCAAGCCUCCACAAUCCUCCACACCACAGACAAAUCCCUCGUCUUCGACAAAACCAUCGCAUUCAUCGCCUUGGGCACCCGUUCCCCAUGUCCAGCCUACCUCUCUGCUUGCACGCAUGGCCGACAACGCUAGCGAAGCCCAGCAGAAUGAGCUACAUCACAACAUGCGCGAGCGAGACUUUGGCGGCCGGGACUUUGGCGGAAGAGAAUUUGGUGGAAGAGAUUUUGGCGGCCGGGACUUCAACCGAGAAUACAGAGAUGGCGGCGAUAACUACGGCCGCGGUUCGAAUUUCUUCCGCCAUGAUUACGAUGAUAACAGCUAUGGAGGUUACGGCGGUGGCGGUUACGGUGGAGGCUAUGGUGGUUCGUACGGCGGGCGCCGCCAAUACAUGGAUCACGAUAUGCUCCCACUUGGUUCUGGAGAUUCGCGAAUGCCGCAGCUUGGCUCUGGAGAUGCACGGGGUCAUCAGCAGCCCAUUGUUCUCUCUAGAGACAGCAUGGACUUUGAUCGCUCAUAUGGUCUACGACCGUCGCAGCACGAGCUGUUCAAUGACCGCUCGGGUCAGAUCGAGCCUGUGCGCCGAAAGUCGUUCAACUCCAAGCGACCAGGUCCGCCAGGUCCUGCUCCUAAAGCACUCAGCGUUGCCUCGCGUGAUGCUGACGAAGACAAUGAACGACAUAGCCGCCGCCCGUCAGCUUCGAGUUCAGAGCAUCCAGUAGCACCGAGAAGACCUAGUCUGGAUCGAACAGUCUCACCCUCGCUGUCAGCGCGCUCAGUGUUUUCUGAAGACCACGGCCGCUCGUCGAUUCAUUCUGAAGAGCAUGUAAAGUCCGCCAGUCAUUCCCCGUCGUCGACGUUCAGUCAACUUCACCACGAAGGCGACUCGCCGGUCGAGCCAACAGCCAGACCGUCCCAUAUCACAGCUAAGCAGGAGAUGAUAAUGAAGCACUCGAUCGAGAACGCGCGGAAGCGAAAGGAAGAAGAACAGCGUCGCGAGCAAGAGCGUUUGGAAGCGGCGCGAAAACGCGCGGAGGAAAUUGUGCGCAAGAAGCAGUUACAGUUCCAACAGCAGUCGGCGGGUACGGACGCGACACCGUCUUCUGCGGCAGCCGAUAAGCCUUCUGCCUCUACUGAGAGCAGCUCUGAUAAGCAGGAGAAACCACAGCAACAACAAGAGCAGCAAGAGUCUGCAUCGGCCAAGAGCUCGCCGGUGAAGCAGUCGACAACAGAUGCGAACCGAUCACCUGUUAUGAGUCAGAGUCGAGUUCUGAGAAACGACGCUGCAGUGAAGAUCAAGCGAAAAGCGUCGACGGCGUCGUCAGAUGCUGAGGGCAUUGACGCGUCAGUCACGGCUGCUAUCGAGACUUUGAUCUCAGAGUCUAGCGCCGGACACUCUCCACCUGCAACGCGCGCCUCUCUAUCGAAACUGGCCCCUGGUCAUGCCACCUCCGGUUGGGACCAUGAACGAGGAGCGGCCUCGAAUAGAGGAGGUAGUGGGUCGUGGCCCCGAAACGGCCUUCAUGAUAACGCGCGGACGAACCAGCAGUUUAGAAGCUUUAAUGAUAAUGUAUGGGGACCGGUGGGAAGCUCGAGCAGGUAUCCCGCCAUCGAUGGCGUUGGAAACGGCGCCGUUGUUGAUCAUCGGUCAUUUAUGGGCCACGGAGAGUAUCACCAUGGAUCAUCAAACCACGAGUGGAAACCAAAUACGACUCCCGCCCAAAUGUCAGAUAACUGGAGACGGCCGUUUGAUUCGCCUCGAAAACAAGGCGAGGGCACAGCUGCUGGUAGUACGAGCGAGGUCAAGUCGCCGCGGUCUGCGACGUCGUCGUCUGCUGCUGGACCGCAAGCGUCGCCUAUUAAACCGCCAGGAAGCAACGCUCAGCGGCCAUCACCCGCGCGAAGUCUGAGUUUUGAAAAGUCCGGGGAUGAGAACUCGUCUCCACUUCUUGGAGGCCAGCAGUCUACGCGGACGUGGUCGAGAUUUUUCCCGUCUGCGUCGACAAACUCGGGGAAUAUGUACCAGGUCAUGAAUCCUUCUGCGUCUCCGACUGGUCUUGGCGCAUCGUACUCUGGAAUUAUACAGGAUUCGGAUAUUGCUGCGUUCAGGAUAGACGGGAAGGAUGACGCUGCUAGCCUCAUGCUACCGCAGUCGGUCAGUAAUCUGACCGACGACACUCCUCUUGGACAGGCCAAACCUGUGGUUCAUUUACCUCCUCCGCAGGCGACAGCAGACCUGAACCCGUCGGCAGACGCGUCAAAGAUGUACGCGAGCAGCUCGUCGUCCGGAUACGGCCAGGCGCACUAUUCGCCGGAGCUAUCAGAUUCGUCGUUCCCUCGGUCGCCUCAGCAGAUACACAGUGCCAGUCUGGGAGGUGGGCCUUUGGAGACAACGUCGCGGGAUAGCGCUGGUAGCACGCUGGGAUAUAUCGGCGGCAAGAUUCCGUCGAUAAAUGCGAUCGAGGCGGUGCAGUCGCGGAUAGCUAUGACCUUGAGCCACAGAGCUGCCAGCGAGAGCAAUAAGCGGUUUACACCGUCGUCGCCUUCGGGGUCUCCGUCAAAGGAUGAGACUGUGUUUUCUGGCGAUGCUGCUGCAGAAGAUGUAUCAUCGAUAGUUGAUAUGCCGAGCGCGUUGGCGCUCACUAUGCCGAUAACUACAGUCGAGUCGUUUGAGAUCCCGGAGGACGUUUCGCCCACGGAGAAAAAGACGAGAGCCACAGAGACGGUUCCGACGAUUCCAAUCAAGCUAGCAGAGUACCCACAGAACUACGUACCCCUGAACCUAGGAAAGAAGGCAGCUGAUACGUUUUACCUCAGCAAGCCGCCGUCGGUGAAUUUCCUGGGCAUGGUAGCCUCUGCCGUGUCGUCGGCCUCUCCGGCAUCGAACCCGUUCAACCCGCACCGAAGAGGCGGCGGUAGCAGUGCAUACAAGAUCAUGCUUCCGGGAAUGCGAGAGCACAAGUCGAUACCGGUUGAUGUGUCUGUUAUUCUUGCGGCCAGCCGAUCCGGCGAUCAUCACAGUAGCGGAUCGAGAGGUAGUCGGCGAGGAAUGCCGAGCUGGUUGUCGCGAAGAGGAGGGUUUGGAAAAACAGUGUCACAGGUCCAUCAGACUGCCAGUUAA